AAUCACUUAUUUUCCUCUUUUCCUCUUUUUCUUCAUUUUUAUUUUGUUCUAUUAUUGUGAUUAUACUCUUGAUUGAUUCUAAAUAAAACUAUUAAAAAAAAAAAACUCGAUGAAUGGUGAUCAAGUAGACAAGUUAAAGAACGCUUCUGACAAGCCUGAUAUUUCACAUAUUGAGCAAUCUGGUGCAGAGUUAGACCGUGAUGCUCAAAAAUUAAAAGAUCUUGGAUACAAGCAAGAAUUUAAGCGUAGUUUUGGUUUUCUCAUUCAAAUCGCAUUCCCUUUUACAGCAGUGGCUGUUUUACCAAAUUGGCUUGUUGGUUUUGGCCCAAGCCUAGCAGCUGGUGGUCCUUCUUCUUUAUUUUGGGGUUGGUUAGUUACUGUCCCUUUUGUUUUAUGUAACUGUCUUUCGCUAGCUGAGAUGUUCUCUGCUUAUCCGUUGAGUGGGAGCAUUUAUAGCUGGGGAUAUCUUCUUAGUAACAAAAAAUGGGGUCCAUGUAAGUGA